AUGAGAAAAAUACUCGUUGCCAAGUCCCAAAGUCUUCGCUCUCAGCAAGACUCAGCUGUUGAAGGUGAAGGCUUCACAUUUGAAGCUCUACAUUUCUCUUGGUACAACCGCCAUUGUACAAAAGGAAAUGACGCACCCAAUGAUAUUCCCCCUUUGAUGAUGAAGAGAAAGUAUGCCUCGAGAACAAAUUAUUUGCAGCUUAUCCCCUAUACGUCCAAGGAGAUUCAAGACCACGCUGACAUUGACCAGAGACUUAAAACAGUAUUUGCUGAUCUUUUUGAAUGGAUAAAUGAAAUACUUGCUACUUAUCUACCUGCUGAAUAUUUGGUACUCAGACAACAUGCUGAGUUACUCCCUGGUAACAAUGCCUCUGCUGUCUGCCCAUUCUUAGGUCUUGUGGUCAAUAUCAAUGUUUCAACCAAGGCUCACAGGGAUGCCAAGGACCAACUCUUUUGUCUAGUCAUACCACUGGAUGUUUACCAAUUGUUUGAUCCAGAGUUUGUCACUAAUUGUACUAGUGACAAGAUCUGGACAGAACAAAACUCAGGGGACCAACUGAUGAAGAAGUUGCAAGCAUCUGGAAAGGAUGCAAAUGCUGACAGGCUAGCAGUGUCAUCAUUGCAUACUGAUAUACAGAUUACUGCAUCACCAGCUGAAAGUGUCCGGUUGGUUAACAAUAAGCGUAAAAGGAAUAGCAAUAGUUCUCCUUCAUUAACACCUUCCAGAGAUUCCAAGGCCGUCAUCACUAGCUUUAGCCCCACCAGCUCCAGGCUGGCUAAAGCAGGACAUUCUCAAAUGUGUGUCAUUCUUUCUACUGUGAAAGGCUUCCCAGAUUUGGAGAAUGCAAGGAACGAGCAGAAAAAAAGUAGACUCAUUGAUUAUGUGUGGACGGCUGCAGCUCAGCUUAGAGGUGAAGUCAAACAAAAGGCUAGGAUACUCAUUCUCUCAGAAUACACCCUCAAAAACAAGCUUCCAGAGGAAGUACAUACUAUAAUGGAGUGGUUGUUGAGUAAUGGAAAAGGUGUCUUUACAUUUGGUGGUUUGGAUGUUUCUCAAAAACCUUUUGGACAUUGCAUCAUCAAGCUACUAGUUCAGGUUCAGUGGUUCCAUAAGAAGGGGGAGGGUGUCCUCUAUCCAAGUGAUUUCAAAGACUCACCUUUGCCAUUAAUUGCCUUGGCUGUUACAGCUGUCGAAAACUGUCUUCAUGAACUUGCAAAAGGUCUACAGGCCCAGAACAACACUCACAAGCACUACACCACACACAGCCAACAGCGUCACCCACAGUACCCGAAUGCACAAGAGGACAACUACUGGGAGGAUGAGGUUGAUUAUGCAGUGCUUGUAGAUUCAGCAUCCUUAUAA